AUGGAAGAUGAGAAGGUCACCGUAGAUAGGCCGGAGAAGAAGAAGGAGAAGAAGGCGAAGGACAAGAAAGCCAACGGCGAGGAAAAGACGAAGGACGCAGGCGCCCUGAAGCUGAAGCUGGAGAAGCUCGAGGCCAAGAUGAUGGCCCUCGCGGUGAAGAAGGAGGCCAUCCAGAAGCUUCUCCUGGCGGCGGAGGGUAGCGCCGCCGGCUCCGGCCAGGAGCAGGCGGCGCCGCCCGCCUGA